GUGCUGGAUUCAGGCAUCUGUGAGGGCAGCCCUGUCUGUGCUAUAUUGUGUGGUCCUCACAAGCUGGGCCGCUUCGGCUGCAGAGAGGAAAAAGCAGCAAUGGCGGAUUACGACACAUAUGACGAUCGGGCCUACAGCAGCUUUGGUGGCGGCCGUGGACCUAGACGUGGAGAUUCUGGUCCAGGAUCUCGCAAACAGAAAGAGCUACCUACAGAUCCUCCAUUCACAGCAUAUGUUGGGAAUCUUCCAUUCAAUACUGUACAAGGAGACAUAGAUAACAUAUUUAAAGAUCUAAGUGUACGGAGUGUGCGGCUUGUCCGAGACAAGGAGACCGACAAGUUCAAAGGGUUUUGUUAUGUAGAAUUUGAUGAUCUGGAGUCUCUUAAAGAAGCCUUGACAUACGAUGGUGCAAUCUUUAUUGACCGGGCAAUUCGGGUAGACAUAGCAGAGGGCAGAAAACAAGAUAAAGGUGGCUUUGGAUUCAAGAAAGGAGGACCUGAUGAUAGAGGUUUUAGGGAUGAUGACUUCUUAGGAGGUAGAGGCAGGGGGGGUCGAAGUGGCCCAGGGGAUCGACGAGGACAACCACCUGCAGGAGGACCUGGCCGUUACAGGGAUGCACCUCGUGGCGGCUCUAUGGACUUCAGAGAGCCAACAGAUGAAGAACGAGCACAGAGACCAAGACUUCAGCUUAAACCCAGGACAGUUGCUACACCCCUCAAUCAAGUAGCCAAUCCACACUCUGCCAUCUUCGGUGGAGCCAAACCUAGAGAGGAAGCUGAAAAAAAAGAGAAGGAAUGAGCCAAUAACCAGGAGGGACAGAGGGAAGAGUAAGCUAGUCCGAACUAGUCAUUCUGGAUUGCCAUCCCCGCAAUUGCCAUUCUUGCCUCCUGACAUUAACUCCUAGAUCCCUCCUAUUCAACACUGAGCUUAUGAAUGCAUGUCAGCUGUUAACAAGUGGUUUUUAGUAAGUGCUCUGCUUUUCUGUAUCUAGUACCUGCAUUGUGCUGUUUCCAAUACCUCUCGCAAUUUGCAGGAAGUUCUCCUGCUGGGAAAGCUUCUCUCAACAAAAUAGAAUUCAUUUUGGAUUUAGGAGCUGAUAUGCUAAAUUCUUAAUACAAAUUAUUUCCCCACACCCUUAUUUAUAAUUCUUUAUAAUUCAGCAGAAGAGGUGUUAGCAUUAAGGUAGCCCUUUUUGCUUCUGAAAUUCUUAACUCUUGCUUUUCAGUUCUAUUCUGCAUGUUUUGUUCUUUAUUACCAAGACUCUGUAAGAAGGUAAAAUGCGAGUGUUGGCAUGCGUGUCAUGGACAAGGAGGGCGGCACUUGAAAACGAACGGAGAAACUUUUUUUUUUUAAAUUCUUGCUUCUCUCUUAAGGACAUACCCCAUAACUGCACAGAAUGUUCAUGGUGGAAAAGUUGUCUUUAAAACACUUUAUUCUCUUACCUGAUGUAGAUUUGUCCUCCACUUGAUUGUGGGUGUAUUAGAACCACAAUUUGUUUACACACAAAACUGCUUCACAUUUAUAUAAGCGCCUUCUCUGUAUUUGUUCCUAAAUGAGGUAGCAGAAGGGAAUUUAGGGCUGCUGUUCAGACUGUUCAGUGAAGCAUAUCCUGCUUUUUUUUUUUUUUUUUUUUUUUGUUCAAUACCCUCAGAAAGCAAAGACCAUUCAGCCUUUGCAAUAUACGCUUUUUCUGCAGUUUUAGUUUUACACCUGAAAAACACACUACAUUCACAGCUUUGUUUUAAGUGUGGAUCCCUUUAAGGGAAGUCUAGUGCCAGGGCACUUAGUAGUUAACUCAUGACUGGCAUGCUUGCUUACUUGGAUAUGCUGGUACAGAGCGAGUUCUGCCUCUCUGACUUUCUGGCAGGAUAAGGUGCAUUUACCUUAGAAUCAGUCAUUUUAUGUAAACCUUUGCUUUUUUAUCUUAUUUUUUUUUUUUAUUUACCCUUCUACUGUUCAGUAAGUAGGUUUUGGUACUAAAAUGUGAAUUUGAUGUUUAUAUGCAAUGCUUUAACUCUUCUGCUGGCAGAUGGACCUGUAUCCCAUAGUGAUUCAAUAUUUUACAAACAUCCCUUUUGUCAGCAGAGUGAGUAAUUACAGUGUUAAAGUCAGUACUUAUGUUUUUACCUGCAGUGUCUCCACAAAUAAGCGCUUCUUUUCUGCUUCCUUUCCUUAUAAUGCUCUGCUUUUGUAAGAACCAUUUGUCUAACACACUACCUAGAGUAAGACAUGCUUUGGAUGGUGAUAACUCUAGAAUCUAUUUACAACUGCUUUGUGGGAAAGCUUCAUGGCAGACCAAACAAAAACCCAAUCUGGUCUAAACAAUUGACUUUUUUUUCAAAUAAGAGAAAAAUUCCAGACAUUUGACACAUCCUGCUUCAUGACAGAAAGUACAUCUGUGGAUAUGGUAUUUUGUGAAAGAUCUUUUAAAUAAAAGAAAAAUAUGGAUAAUA